CGAAUUUCCAAAUACUAGUAAUUAUUACGGGGUAAUUUUUUUAUUUUCAUUUCUAAAAAAACAAACCCGUCGUCUUCGCAACCAGGAGUCAUCUCUGUUCCUCUCUCUGCCUCCAUUUCGUUCUCUACUCCGCCAACGAUCGUACACAACGAUUACAAAAUCUUUAUCGAUAUACCUGGUUAAUAUUCACCCCUGUCGCCGAGGAGGGAGAGUGAAGGAGAUUACCGGUCUUUCUUGACUAAAAAGGAUGGCUUUAAGGCAUCUUCUCACUCAGGUUGAAAGGAAAGAAUCUCAACUGAGGCAACUCGGCUAUUUGCUCACUAGAACUUAUAGGACGUCAACAAAAUUUUCAGGACAUGGAGUGGUGCCUGGAUUUGCUAAUGUUCACAGAAGAUUUCAGUCAAGUUAUGUGGGAAGUCUAGCCCGAAGAGCACGUGAAACAGAUGAAGUGAGUGAAGCUGCAUAUCUCAAGGAGCUAUAUAAUAGACAUGAUCCUGAGGCAGUCAUACGAUUGUUUGAAAGUCAGCCGUCAUUACAUUCUAACCCACAAGCACUUGCUGAGUAUGUUAAGGCACUUGUUAAGGCUGAUAUGUUGGAUGAAAGUGAGCUGCUCAGGACAUUGCAGAGAGGGAUUUCUACUGCUUCUAGUUCUCGUGUGGAGGAAGAAGGCUUGGGUGGCUUGAGUGCUUUGUCUGCUUUUAAGAAUGUAGGAAAAAAUAUAAAAGAUGGUGUUCUUGGUACUCCCAAUGCUCCUAUACAUAUGGUGGCUGUUGAAGGCAGUCAUUUUAAGGAACAGUUAUGGCGUACAUUUCGGGCUCUUGGAUUAACUUUCCUCAUGAUAUCUGGUCUUGGGGCUCUGAUUGAAGACAGAGGAAUCAGUAAAGGACUUGGUCUGAAUGAAGAAGUGCAUCCCAGUAUGGAAUCCAAUACAAAAUUUAGUGAUGUAAAGGGUGUGGAUGAAGCAAAAGCAGAGCUGGAAGAAAUUGUCCACUAUCUUCGAGACCCUAAGAGGUUCACCCGUCUUGGUGGAAAGCUUCCGAAGGGUGUUUUGCUUGUUGGUCCACCUGGUACUGGCAAGACUAUGUUAGCCAGGGCUAUUGCUGGAGAGGCUGGAGUUCCCUUUUUCUCAUGCAGUGGCAGUGAGUUUGAAGAAAUGUUUGUUGGUGUUGGAGCGAGGAGAGUGAGAGAACUUUUUGCUGCCGCUAAGAAAAGGUCUCCAUGCAUUAUAUUUAUUGAUGAGAUUGAUGCCAUUGGGGGAAGCCGUAAUCCAAAGGAUCAACAAUAUAUGAAGAUGACUUUGAAUCAAUUACUAGUUGAAUUGGAUGGAUUCAAACAAAACGAGGGAAUCAUUGUGAUAGCUGCCACUAAUUUUCCUGAGUCAUUGGAUAAGGCACUUGUAAGACCUGGACGGUUUGAUCGUCACAUUGUUGUCCCAAACCCUGACGUUGAGGGGCGAAGACAGAUCUUGGAAUCCCACAUGUCGAAGGUAUUGAAGGCAGAUGAUGUUGACCUUAUGAUCAUAGCAAGAGGAACUCCUGGAUUUUCUGGUGCUGAUCUUGCAAACUUGGUAAACAUUGCCGCUCUCAAGGCUGCAAUGGACGGCUCCAAAGCAGUAACAAUGGGUGAUAUGGAGCACGCAAAAGACAAGAUCAUGAUGGGAAGUGAGCGCAAGUCUGCCGUUAUAUCGGAUGAGUCUAGAAAACUCACAGCAUACCACGAGGGUGGACAUGCUCUGGUGGCCAUUCACACCGACGGUGCUCUACCUGUCCACAAAGCCACCAUAGUCCCCCGAGGUAUGGCUCUCGGCAUGGUUUCCCAACUGCCAGAUAAAGAUGAAACCAGUGUGUCCCGUAAGCAGAUGCUUGCCAGGCUGGAUGUUUGCAUGGGGGGGCGAGUUGCGGAAGAGCUGAUUUUCGGAGAGAAUGAAGUGACUUCUGGUGCUUCUAGUGAUCUACAGAAGGCAACUCUUCUGGCUAGAGAUAUGGUGACAAAGUAUGGGAUGAGCAAACAAGUAGGAGUCGUCGCACACGACUAUGAUGAUAAUGGGAAGAGCAUGAGCACCGAGACUAGGCUCCUCAUUGAGAAGGAAGUGAGAGAUUUCUUAGAGAAUGCAUAUAACAAUGCCAAGACUAUUCUCACUACACACAACAAAGAGCUUCAUGCUCUUGCUGGUGCAUUGCUUGAGCAUGAGACGCUCACGGGGGGACAGAUUAAGACUCUACUCUCGCAAGUCAGUGGCUCUCAACAAGCCCACCAACCACAGCAGCAGUUGUUUCCUGUGCAGAACAAUACGACAUCCAAACCUAAUCCCGUCCCCCCUUCCACUCCUAAUCCAGCAGCUUCUGCAGCGGCGGCUGCAGCUGCUGCUGCUGCUGCCGCUACUGCAGCUGCCAAAAGUAAAGGAAUAGCCCCUGUCGGAUCUUAGUUUUUGAGUAGUGGUGCUGCAGCUACCAAUUUAAGGACCAAUGUUGAGUAUAUAUUAUGGUAGAAGAAUUAUGUUUGAGGAUUACUUAAAGGCGUCAUCGAAAGAAGCUGUAGCAGCAGGUUAAAACGAAAAUAGCGAGCCUUAAAUGUUGUGAAUUGAUUGUUAGAACUCGCAUUUAACUACGUUUGUCAAGUGCAACUGUCUUCAUAUUCAACACUCGUUUCUCCUUUAUUCCCUCCAGCCAAAGGUUUGAACUUUAAACCUACACAAAGCUAUUUGAUGUUUUUACUCUGUAUUUUGGUUAUUCAGCACAUCAUAAAAUAAAUGAAUUCAAAGAAAUACUGCAAACAAGAAUCGAACUUCUGUCAUUGACGACAACCAAAUACUCCGUAUCUAAUAAUCGAAUUACCAAUUGGUUAAUCUUAG